UAUCCACUGAGCUAGCAUGUUUUUGUUCCUAUAUAGCAGCCUGUAGUUCCAGAGCAACACGUAUACUAAAGACGGUCGUUUAGAUUACUUUUAGAGACGUUAAUAAUGAUUCCCGUGAAGGUUCUUGAAUUCUUUUCCUUGUGGAGUCUUGGUGUAGUGCUAGGCAAAUUAGGACCACCAGGGGGCCCGCAGAAGCUGCACCACGACGUCGCCGAUACAUUGAAGGCAUUCACAAGUUUUCCCUUCGCCGUCGCCAUCUCGGACUCGGACAAUGACACCAUCUUUGAAUGUAUGUAUACCACCCAAACAGACGUGAACCUGAACGCGAAAACAGCAACAUACGCCUGGUACUUUCCAGGGUUCGGGAGGGCAAUUCCUUUCUACGUCCGAGCAGGGGAAGAGCCUGGAACCUUGACAUUUACCGUAGAAGAUGAUCCGACUCUAUUUGAAGGCGUCAUCUACUAUACCGACUACGAGAACUGCGUGAUUGCUGACCUUGAGUACUUAGGACACCAAUACAGAUGUUGAUUGCCUUGGAUUAACUUGAAUAUUUUCAUCGUACAUUAUGAUAUUUGCAGAAAAAAGGACUACAUGUAAAAAUAUUCUUCCAGCCGACCAUAAUGAGGAAAUCCACAUGCUGAAUGAUCUAUGAGCACGUGCUUAUCAAAGUCAUCAAGCACAAAUAUGAUGACUAUUCAUUCGCAAAACCACUGAGCCUUCGAACUCCAUUUCUGUUUACCAUAAAUGAAAGGAGCAAUUUUUCCGACACGAUGGGAAGCAUAAUGUCACCCGGUUUCAGCAUCGCAGCGCAGCAGCUGUAUAAAACGAUGAAUGCCCGCGGCUUCGGUAUCAUCCAGAAAGCGUAUUUCCAACUGAGAACGAACAAUACAUUGCGUUCCAUCGUCAACAUUUUCAAGACGCUGAAGGAAGUGCUCAAAAGCGUCCAGUAUCGAGACGAUGAGACUGCGACGUUCUUCAUGUUUCCUUAUAAGUAUGAACCUGUGGACGUCACCUUAAACAUUACCAUCCGUGAACUUAACGAGCACGUGAAGAUUAUUGGCAUCCUUUUGCUUUUCGAUCAAAGGCACCCCACUAAUAACCGACUAUCAUGUAUAUCCUCCGCUGUGAGUAACUGUAUGGAAAGUGGAAAUCAGGCAUCACUACUUGAUGUCGUGAGCACCAUUCCCUAUAGAAAGAAGCCCACUGCGAUACUGGUACUGUCUUUGUCGAUGUCUAUAUAUCAGUUUGGGUGUGCAAUUCAAGUUUCUUCAAAUGCUCCUAUAAGUUGCGGUACAAUCAAAAGGUUUCCCUUCGAACAGUUGUGCUCAAGUGUCAUGAACAACGGUAGUGAAUAUAAGCAGAGCAAAUGUGAUUGCCAUAUGCAAAAAAUUAUGAGUCACUACUACAUAUAUGAAACUCCUAAAUACCUUAAAGAAAAGAUAGCUAAAAUCUACGAGAUGUUGCAGCAGAAGAACCUUAACAUCAGCCUCGGCUGGGUUUUGGAUGUUACCCACAACAUUGCUCCCACAGAGUGCGGUGGAGAUUUCUUUCGCAUAAAAGCGGCUCGGCAAGCUAUCGGUGAAUCAUAAAAUAAAUGCAAUUUUCGUGUUCCGUUGCUCGCUAUCACGGCCACUGGAUUCAUGCAUCAUCUCUGUGGCUCCUGGCCAAUCAGGCAUGGGCCAAAUGCCGACGCGCAGCGCUUCUGAACUCUGCAUAGAUUCUAGUGUUGGGCUGCUUCACACAGCCUGUGAUUUGAUGCAGCCCAUAAUCUCGCCACCCUAAACUGACGCACCACAGACGACUUGAAACCACGAAAAGGCACUCAAAACGGCUGUCAUGACCAGGACCUGUUCUGAGUGCUAAUAAAAACGGUAUGAGCUGACGUAGA